GGAAUUUAAUAAAGAACAUGAUGCCAUAUCAACAUGCAUUAAGAAUCACAUUCAACUAGCUGACCAGCUAUAUUUUGUUUGAGAGUUUGUGAACAAGUGCAAGACAGAAGAUUAGUUUUCUCUUAAAAGCUUGUGAAUCACGUGAACUAGCCCAUGACUAAAUUCAUGGAACAAAGAAGUGUUUCAUAUGUGCCACACCUUUUCAUGGUCUUAGUCCAGUUGGGUUAUACCCUCUUAUAUUUCAUCACUGAAGCCUCGUUUAACCAUGGGAUGAGCCCUCAUGUGUAUGUAACCUAUCGACAUCUUGUGGCUGCGGUUGUGAUGUUCCCUUUUGCAUACUUUCUGGAGAGAAAAGCCAGACCAAAGCUGACAUUUUGUCUUUUCAUGGAAAUUUUUGUGCUUUCUCUGUUGGGGGUUAGUGUGACUGUUAAUAUAUACUUUGCAAGCCUGAAAUACACAAGUCCGACCUUUGUUGCUUCCAUGAUCAACACCAUAGCUUCCCUUACCUUCAUCAUUGCAGUGGCACUCGGGUUUGAGGUUGUUGAUCUUCGAAAUCCUCGCGGUUUAGCAAAAGUUAUUGGGACCGUGAUCUCCUUAGCUGGUGUUCUGAUCAUGUCACUGUACAAAGGACCCGUUAUGAGAAGUUUAUGGCAUCCACUAAUCCAUAUUCCAGGGAAAAGUGCUGCUAUCAAUGAAAGCUGGUUAAAGGGUUCACUUCUUACAGUUUUAAGUUGUGUUACAUGGUCUAUGUGGUUCAUUAUGCAGGCAGCGACUUUGAAAAGAUACCCUGCGCAAUUGUCACUCACCACGUGGAUGGGCUUUGUUGGAGCAGCACAAUCAGCUGUUUUCACAGUGAUAGUAGAACACAACUCUUCAGCAUGGUCUUUGGGUCCAAACAUUGACUUGUGGUCCACAAUAUACGGUGGAGUUGUCGUCGCUGGUUUGAUCAUCUACGUCCAACUAUGGUGCACUGAGAAAAAAGGGCCAGUUUUUGUCACAAUGUUUAACCCUCUUAGUACCAUAUUGGUGGCGAUUCUGGCCUACUUUGUCCUCGGAGAGAAACUUUACUUGGGCAGCAUCAUAGGUACAUUUGUUGUCAUCAUUGGUCUGUACUUGCUGUUGUGGGGCAAAGAAAGUGACCAAAAGGUUUGUAUGAAAACCAAAGAUAAAUCGCAGUGCGGUGCUGAAGAUCUAGAAUGCAGAAUAUAGUCAAUAAGUGUGUCCAAGUGGGAAGAGAACAGAAGAUGAAGUCAUGAAGCUUUCUUUUCAUGUUUUGCCAAACAAUUAAUUUGUAGAAAACCCGUAUGUUUGUUGCUUUCCAAUUCAUCUGUAGUUUGGGUGCUUGGAUCUACGUUAUGUAAAAGUUGUAUUAUUAGCGUCAAAUUCUCUAAUUUCUCAAGAUCCAAUUGUUUCCGAUUA